AUGUUGUUUGUGUUAUUAAUCAUGUCAGGUAAAUUAGAUUCCUUUUCACCAAGCUCAGGGAUGGAAGCGUGCUUGUCCCUUGAAAGGGAGUUAGAUAAACUCCUGGUAAGAUUUGAGGGUGUAAAGGAUCAAGGUCUGGGCCUCCUGGACAAUGUCAUAAAAGAUAUUAAAGGCCUCCAAGAACAACUUAGUACUGUUCCUGAAGACCAGUUACUCACUAAAGAUCAAGCAGAAGUUGUUAAAGAAACAAUGUGUAAAGCAAAAACUUCUCUAGCAAAAUUUGCAGGAGAUCAUAGGGAAUUACACAGUGCAUUGUCUAAAUACGGUAAAUUAAUUGACCGUAAUUUCGUUGCGGAUUAUGCUGCUACUAGUAGACCUAAUAUAUUCAAUAAUCCAGAUAAGGUGAACCUGAUUAAUAAAAUAAUAUGUCAGCAUUAUCAUAGACAGGGAAUGCAUGAUGUUGCUGAAGCUCUAGCCGAAGAGACUGAUGUCCAAUGUGAAUUUACUGAAAAAGAAUCAUUUGGAGAAUUGAAUCACAUUUUAGAUUGUUUAAGGAAUAAAGAUUUAGAACCGGCCCUUGCAUGGGCUACUGCUCAUUCACAAGCUCUAGAUAAUAUCAGUUCUACCCUAGAAUUUAAAUUACAUAGGUUGAAAUAUAUUGAACUCCUAUCCAAAGGAACACAUUAUCAGACUGAUGCUAUUACUUAUGCUCGGAAUCAUUUUAGGAAGUUUGUAAAGCAACAUGAAAAAGAUAUACAGGUUUUGAUGGGUAUGUUACUGUAUAUUCCAAAUGGUAUAGGAACCUCUCCGUACAGUUGUCUGGUGAGCGAAGAACUGUGGGUUGAUACUUACGAACUCUUCACCCGAGAUGCUUGUCAGCUGAUGGGUAUAACGGUCCACAGUCCUUUGGCAAUAUGCCUGAAUGCAGGUUGUGCUGCCAUACCAGCUCUGUUGAACAUAAAACAAGUCAUGAUGCAGAGACAGGUCGGACCAAUGUGGAAUGGAAAAGAUGAACUUCCAAUUGAAAUCGAUUUGGGUCCUGACAGCAGGUAUCAUUCGAUGUUUGCCUGCCCUAUUUUGAGGCAACAAUCCACCAAGGGUAACCCUCCAAUGAGACUUGUUUGUGGACAUGUUAUAUCCAGAGAUGCCUUGAGUAAACUUUGUAAUGGAAACAAAAUGAAAUGCCCCUACUGCCCAGUAGAACAGAGUCCAGGUGAUGCAAGAUUUGUUAUAUUUUAGUGAAGUGUUUCAAAUUUAUAAAAUAUAAUCAAGAUUUUCUCUUUACUGAUACGAAGGUUUUACUGUAUGGAAUUUCAGUUUAUGUGUAACGUGAUCUCUGAGUAUGGAAAUAACAUAGAAUAAAUAUAUACUAUUUUUAAGAA